AUGCCGCCCUCCAUCGAGUCCUCCACCUCCUCUGCUUCCACUGGCAACUCCAUCAACGAGCCCAAGACACCACCGUUCAACCGCAACACCUCUGCACCUACCCCUGAAAAGCUCUCCACACCCACCUCUUUCCGCGGUCGAUUCGCCUCGCUCACUCGCUCCGCCGGCAAGUCCACAUCUAACAACCUCUCCGCCCCCGCCCCCGCUCCCGCCUCUGCUGGUUCAACACCUCGCUCCACGGCUCCACUCGAAGAAACGGCCGGUCGAAUCGAAAAGCUUGACCUUACCAAGGGGGCGCCAGACUCGACAAUGCCUAAGCAUCCUCCCUCAGCGCCAGUCUGCCGAAGAGCAAGCGACGAUGACGUCUUUGACAGCAGUCACCCGCACAAAACCGUUGCUGAGAUGAACGAGGAUUCUCCUCUCCAAAAGGUUUUGCAGAGUCCGAAAGCGCAACCGCUCCCAGGGCAUCCAGGUAAUCUCACCUCUGCUCAAACACAUGCACUUCAAGAACUCACAGCCACACUCAAACGAGACGGAGCCCUGCACACAUCCGAAUCCGAAACACUCUCCCACCAAGAAACGCAGUUGCUCCGCUUCCUCCGUGCACGAAACUUCAAUCCGGAAGCAGCCCGAACCAUGUACCUCAAAGCGGAAGCCUGGAAGAAAGAAAUUCAGCUCGACCACCUGAUCUCUACGUUUUCCUUUUCCGAGCGAGACAUCGUCGCCUCUCACGGCUGGUCAAUGUAUUUCCAUAAAACCGACAAACUCGGUCGACCUAUCUUCAUCCAAGAUCUGGGCAACAUGGACACUACUUCCGUCUUCCGCAACACUACCCCCGAGCGAGUCAUACAGAACUUCGCAGUGACACUAGAACUAGCUGUGCGACAUCGCUACGAAGCAUGUACGAUCUCUUCCGGCCGUUGGGUGGACGAUAACUAUACGGUAGUAAACCUCGCCGGGCUGGGUUUAAGCACCUUUUGGUCAAUGAAGGGGCAGUUGCAACAGUUGUUGGGGAUAUUGGACAAUAACUUUCCAGAAUUGUCAGGGAGAGUACAGAUUAUCAAUGCUCCGUAUAUGUUCAGUACAAUUUGGAGUUGGAUUAAGGGGUGGUUGCCAACAGUGACGGUGGAGAAGAUCGAUAUUGCGGGGGCGGAUUAUCAUGAGAGGAUAUGGGAGUUUGUGAAGAAGGAAGAUUGGCCGAAGAGUUUGGGUGGAGAGUGUGAAUGUGAAGGUGGAUGUGGCAAGAAGGAUGACGGUCCUUGGGAUAAGAGGCUGGUCAGGGGUGCGGCUGAUGUUUGA